CUCUAUAGCUCUCUCUCUUUUUUUUUUCUUUCUCCUCUUCGUCUCCUUCCUAAAACGAAGAAAACGACGUCGACCCAAAACGGUGGGGAGAUCGCCAGUUUCCGUCUUCGGCGGUCUCUCGCCUCCUUCUCUCUCCCCUUCUCGCGUUCUAUUAAUUUAAUCAUUAAGGGGAAUAGGGAGCGGUUUUUGUCUUCUGGAAGGUAUUGAAUUUUUUUUAGGUAAUGGAACGUUGGCAAUGGCUAAAGGUGGUGGCUUUGAUAUUCUUACUCUCAGUUUCGGAAGGGAGAGAACUUAGGAUCAAGCAUGAGGAUUACAGUCAUAUUUAUAACCACACUCUUGCCAAGAUACUUGUGGAGUAUGCUUCUGCUGUAUACAUGUCUGAUCUAACUGCCCUAUUUACUUGGACGUGUGCAAGGUGUAAUGAUAUGACAACGGGGUUUGAGAUGAUAGAGCUGAUUGUUGAUUUCCAAAACUGCUUACAGGCUUUUGUUGGCAUUGCUCAUGAUCUUAAUUCUAUCAUAAUUGCAUUCAGAGGAACUCAAGAGAACAGCAUCCAGAAUUGGAUUCAAGACCUGUUCUGGAAGCAACUUGAUUUGAACUACCCAGACACGCCUGAUGCAAUGGUGCACCAUGGAUUUUAUUCUGCUUACCAUAACACAACAGUACGUCCUGGGAUAAUAAGUGCUGUCCAAAGGACUAGGGAGCUAUAUGGAGAUAUUCUCAUAAUGGUUACAGGGCAUUCAAUGGGAGGGGCUAUGGCUUCCUUCUGUGCACUCGAUCUUACUGUCAAUUAUGGAAUACACAAUGUUCAACUUAUGACAUUUGGACAACCUCGUAUUGGAAAUGUGGCUUUUGCGUCGUACUUCCACAAACAUGUUCCACAUGCAAUUCGGGUUACCAAUGGGCAUGACAUGGUUCCACAUUUACCUCCAUACUAUUAUUAUUUUCCCGAAAAGACAUACCAUCACUUUGCCAGAGAGGUAUGGCUCCACAAUAUUGGAUUAGGUAGUCUUGUAUACAUGAUUGAGAAGGUCUGUGAUGGUUCUGGUGAGGAUCCAACCUGUAGCAGGUCUGUGAGUGGAAACAGCAUUUCAGAUCAUCUACUGUAUUAUGGUGUCAAGUUACAGGCUGAUACCUGGGGCUCUUGUGGAAUCAUAAUGGAUAACAGUAUUGUGAAGGAUAACAGUAUUGUACGUUUCCGAACUGACCUUGCUGGAAAUAUUGUGUUGUCGAAGGAUCCAGCUGCUUCAUCAAUUCUAAGGCCGACUUCUCAAAUAGGUAAAGGCAGCAGUUAUUUUUAGUGUCACCUGGUGUUCGGGAUUCUGGUGAAUCAACGCAAAGAAGUGGGGAGUUCUCUUGGCUAUGAAGAUCCAACAAAUGGAUCCAAGAAGAAGUGUUUGUAUAUAAUGUAUAGUUUAUUUUAGUUUGAUCAUUGUUUCCAAAGAUGUGUAUAUUCACUCAAAUGUGGAUCUGUAAAGUCUGCAAUCAUUGUGGUGUUCGUGCAUGUUAAUCCGAGUAACAUUUUUUAUUUAUGCAAAUUUACCAAACAAUAUUUGAUUGACGAAGAAUGUUAAUCAGCAUGUCGCAUUUGAAUGAAGGAUUAAAUCUUGAACA